AUGCACGACAGCGGGACGAUCUCGCAGUUCUACUCCCCAUUUUCGUCUGUUGCCCGGCCAUCCGUGUACGAUCUCGACGAGAUGCUGCGGAAGAUCGAACAGCUACACGCUCCCGUUGGGCAGGCCAGCAUCCACUUCGAGCUCAUGCUCUUCCUUUACCUUUUCCUCCACACCGUCCUUCAGAAUUUCAACAUCUACCGGACGAAUUUCUACAACUACAACUUCUACCUGCUCUUCCUGACGGUCAUCGUCUUGCUCAAGCGCGUGCUGUUGGGCUACUGGAAGCAGGUCCGCUGGCACAGCCCGUCGCGGCUGUCGUCGCCGCAGAUCUACCUCAACCUCAUCAUCAUCGCCGUCAUCGUGUCCAAUUCUGUGUACCUCUUCUUCCAGCUCUUCCUCAAGCAUCCCUUCAAGAACUUCCUCUUCCUCGUCUACCCGUGCGUCCCUCUCCACACCCCGUGCUACGGGCUCGCGUGGAGAGGAACGAAAAAGAAGAAGCACGAAGGCAAGUCGUCGAAGCACAGCUGCUACUACGGAAGGGAUGCGGAAGAAGCCACGGAGUGGUUCGUCGACCGACUGAAAGGGGUGGCCUAUUCCUCGCUCGAGUGCGGCUACUUUGCUGGCUUCCUCCCUCUCAAAUUCCUACAGCAUGACUAUUUGUACUUUGACUCUGUUCGCUGUGCGAUAAUCGUGCUGUACAUCACCCUCAACUCGUUUGUCAUGCUGUUCGCGCAUCUGCUGUGCACGUCAUUUCACGAGUUUGAAGAGGAGUCGGAGGGUAACGGACAUGCCGAGUCAGAUAGCGACGAGUCCACGUCUAAACCCCACAGCAAGAGCACACGAGAUGACGAGAGAGUAGGCACGUGGUCUCGAGAGGCCGGUCCCUACGAGCGGGGCGUGGUGGUGCGGCAUCGUGGGAAGCACUACGUCGCCAUCGCUGCGCUUAACUCGGCGCAACCGGGCCUCUACCUCCCCUGGCUCAUCUACGUGCUUUUCGGUCGACCGGAGCGGGUGCACACCAUCGUCAUCCUCGCCCAGAGCGUCGUGGUGCUGUCGCAGCUGUGUUUGCUGCUCAAUUCGAGCGCGUGGAGCACGUAUGCGGUGAUGCUUGGCUGCAGCUACGGCGUGCUGUACUACUGCAUCGCCACGCGGAGGGCCAACCUGCCCCUCGCCUCCGGCCUCCAGCCGGGCGAGUGGCUGCCACGCCCGCUCGCCGCCAAACUCAAACUCAAACCCAAACCCAAACCACAGUAA